AUUUAUUUCAUAUUAUGCAAAAAGAUUCCAAAGAAGAAACUACAGCUAAAAUUCAAAAGGCCAGUGAUCAAGUAAAAAUCAGUGAAGAGCAGAGCAAAGCUAGCCACAAAGAAGUUACUGAUUUUUCAUUUGAUUGGUCUCCGUCUGCAUCACCUGUUCUCAAGAAAAAGCAAGAGCAAGCCGUUGAAAAAGAAACUACUGCUAAAAAUGGAGAAGGACAGAAUAUCUUCAAUGAUUUUGAAGAAAUGGGCUUGUCAGAUGCUCUCUUGCGAGGGGUGUUUGCUUACGGUUAUGAAAAGCCAUCUGUUAUCCAACAAAGAGCAAUCGUUCCAUGUGUACAGGGAAAAGAUGUAGUCGCUCAGGCUCAGUCUGGGACAGGAAAGACUGCAACCUUUAGCAUUGCAAUGCUACAGCAGCUUGAUAUCAAGUCCCAUCAUUGUCAGGCUUUGAUUUUGUCUCCCACAAGAGAAUUGGCACGUCAGACACACACUGUUGUUCUCUCUCUUGGUGACUAUCUUGGUGUGAAUGCCUACCUUGUUGUUGGAGGAGAGCGAGUUGUUGAUAUGAAGAAACGACUGCAGUCUGGAGUGCAUGUUGUAGUUGGUACUCCAGGACGUGUUAAGCACAUGAUUGCUGAAGGAGCUCUGGAUACACGUCACAUCAAAAUACUUGUUCUUGAUGAAGUUGAUGUUAUGCUCUCAAGAGGAUUUGAAGAGCAGGUCCGAGAUAUAUUUUUUGAUCUUCCCAACAAGGCAGACCUACAGGCAAUUGCAGUGACAGCAACACUCCCACCAGAAGUCUUGAAAAUGACUGAGAAAUUUAUGAGAAACCCCGUUCACAUAUUGGUUGAGAAUGAAGAAGUGCCUCUUGAAGCUAUUAAGCAGUUUUAUGUUGACGUUGAACUGGAAGAGCACAAACUUGACACCAUUUGUGACAUUUAUGAAGCAUUAUCAGUUGAACAAUCAAUGAUAUUUUGUAACACGAGACGCAAAGUUGAAAUGGUUGCAUAUCACAUGACAUCUCAGGACUUCACAGUAUCAUGUAUCCAUGGGGAUCAGACUCCUGAAGAGAGGAAGACGGUCAUGAAGGAGUUUAGGAAUGGCGCAUCAAGAGUUUUGAUAGCUACUGAUGUUCUUCAGAGAGGUAUUGAUGUUCAGCAUGUCUCAAUGGUCUGUAAUUUUGAUCUCCCAAACGAUAAAGAUAGCUACAUACACAGGAUCGGUCGCUGCGGGAGGUUUGGACGUAAAGGUAUAGCCAUCAGUCUCAUUACAAGGAGAGACUACCAAACCAUCAAGACUCUUGAGACUUAUUACAGUACACAAAUUGAUGAGAUGCCUCAAGAUUUUGCCCAGCACCUCAUCUAAGCUACAAUUUAACUGUGACUUGCUUGACUUUGCUGCUUUAAAAUAUUUUGCCGUGCUUUUAUUUUUAUUUUUUUUUUUGCUGCUCACAAUUGUUUGUGCUUAUUUUUUCUGCUACGUUAACUAACUAUUGGUUUAGUUGAUUAAUAAAAAAUUAUUAAAAUUAA